GCCGUUGAAUCGAAUGGCAUUCUUCUUCAUUCGAUCAAUACGCCUCGGGAUAGAGAGACGCGAGAACGUCGUGUGACACAUAACACGAGAGAGAGUCAUCAGGAUUCUUCCUCUCUUCGUCUCUUAUCAAGUCCUUGACAUCUGAUAACGCGAAUCGACCGCUCGCUCGCACGCACCUUCCGCUCUAUCGAAAAAGCUUCAUUCUUUGCUUGUUAUAUUUCACGGGAGAUUUUUUGUUCUUGUAUCUAAUCUACUUAGACUUAGAGCUUAUUCGUUCUUCGUAAUGGAUAAAAGUUCGACGAGGAGUAUCCGCCGGUGGGAUCGAUCGAAGAGAUAAAAAUAGCGCUCUUGCUGCGCGUGAAAGCUUUUGUGUACAAUCUUUUCCCGUGGGAUCUAUAUUAUCAUGUUUCCUUGAACGUUGAGAUUAUCACUUGGUGCAGCGCGUAAUCUAUGAAUCAUCCGUCUUUGGCGGGGCCGCGCCUUGCUUUCUCGUCGUCGGUAAACGAGCAUCGCAACGCCGAUGAUAUAUGGUGUCGUCGCUCGCUUUGACGUUCGCUCGAUGAAUAAACAUUGCCGCGCUUUGUUUGUGCGUGUGUCGCGAUCAGCUGAGCGUGUUGCUUUCUUAUGGACAAGCGUGACCGCGAUAAUUCUGUUUUCCUCUUUGGCUGCGCCUCUUUUAACACAUCCCGCAUGCACAAUGAAGCAAGCGAAUAUUUACGCUUCUUUAUUUUUCUUUUUUUUACGAAGGAAACAUUGCGCGGGAGAGAGUUGGAAAGUGGUAGUAGGUCUUCGAAAACCUUUAAGCCAAAGAAGAACAUCCCAGAGGGCACUCAUCAGUAUGACUUGAUGAAACAUGCCGCUGCCACAUUAGGUUCCGGAAAUCUGCGACUGGCUGUCAUGCUUCCUGAAGGGGAGGAUCUGAAUGAAUGGGUGGCUGUGAACACUGUUGAUUUCUUCAAUCAAAUCAACAUGCUUUACGGAACUAUCACGGAGUUUUGCACGGAGGAAAGUUGUCCCAUUAUGUCGGCAGGACCAAAAUACGAAUAUCAUUGGGCUGACGGUCAUACGGUAAAGAAACCCAUCAAGUGCUCGGCACCGAAAUACAUAGAUUAUUUAAUGACCUGGGUGCAAGAUCAAUUAGACGACGAGACUCUAUUUCCCUCUAAAAUCGGAGUUCCUUUCCCUAAGAAUUUCUUAUCUAUUGCAAAGACCAUCUUGAAACGGUUAUUUAGAGUAUACGCCCAUAUCUAUCAUCAGCAUUUCAGCGAGGUUGUACAGCUCGGCGAAGAAGCACAUCUAAAUACGUCAUUCAAGCAUUUUAUAUUUUUCGUUCAGGAAUUCAAUUUGAUCGAGAGAAGAGAACUGGCACCGUUGCAAGAGCUCAUAGAAAAACUGACAGCGAAGGAUGCGCGAUGAGUUUGCCCACAGUUUACUUGUCUCUCUGAAAUUUCUCCAAAGAAUCUCUUCACCACGCCGUCGUCGUUAAAACUCGCACAUAUAACGUAUUAUUUAAUUGUUUUACUAACUCUACGAUCUGUUUUUGUCUCGAAUUUGGAAUCGACGGUAGACCGUCGUCAUUUCAAAAACGAACGAGUGAUAACGCGAACGAUCGCCUGGCUAUAGGCAGUCGCUCUGAAACUUUAUUCUUCUAACGGCACAUGAAUUUAUUCUGUACAGUUGGACCUUAUUGUUAAAAGACGGUCAGUAGAGUUGUUUUUUUAUUUUUUGUUUUGUUUUUUUAUUUCUUUAUUUUUUUUUUAUUUUUAUUUUUAUUAAGUAUACCUUUUCCAGCUGCGCUGUUAUAAUUGCGCAGUCAAAGAUGAGCUGUAUACAUAUGACAGCGGUCACGCGCGCAAGGAAACUAGUGUUGGUACUAAAACUGCGUUUGGUUUUUAUUGACAAUAUUACGCCAAAGUGACGUCAUAACGGUGUACUGUCAUAGCUGUUUUGAAAUUACUUUAAUGCAGUGUAAAUAUAGCUUUCAUUUAUGACAUCAUUGAUGGAACUUAUUGAUGGAUGCUGUCGCAGCGUGCUAAAACAAAACAAAAGUUUUCAUUGCUGCCGAACACAGUCUACGUUAAAAAAAAAAAGACCUUACAUCGGACCGUUAUUUAACGAGGUUCUACUGUACACUCAUAGGUAACGACGGUAAUUUUAAGACAAAGUGUACUACUACACUGUGACAGUCUACUUUCUUCGAGCAGUCCGUAACAUGUUUUGUUACCGAUUAUAACUGGUGAACUCUAUAUUAUAGUUCGUUUGAAAUUGCAAACCGAUUACGUCAAUAAAAAAAAAUGUAGAAAACGGCCAGAGAAAAAAUGAGACAGAAAAAAACUGCCAUUCUUGCCUUUCUAAUUGUACUAUUUAUAUAAAAAACAUAUUGAAACAUGAUAUUGUUCUUGAAUUCUGAGAAAGUAAACUGAAAUGAUCACGAAAUUCGUCGUUAUGAAAAUAACAACUAUUCCGAAGAAAUUAAUUAAAUUCUAUAUUCGGGAAUAUAUUAGAAGUUUUUACAUUUCAUGUUUUGAAAAAAUUUGCCUUUGCAGUAGAAAAAAAUCGAAAUUUAUUCCUCCAUCAAGUUUCUUGAUUAGUAAAGCUAAAUGUUUGUAGAAAAACAACAUAGAACACUUUUCCGAUCAAAGUUUACGAGACGGGGAAAAAAAACGGACGCUACUCUUUUUACCCAAUUCUGAUUGAUUUCGAAACAGGAGUAGUGAACAUUCCAGUAUAGUAGAGUUCGCUGCUUUUUUUUUGCAAUUUCGUGUGGCCGUUUUCUUAAUAUUUAUAUAAUAUAGGGUUCAUCAACUGCAUCUUAUCAAUCGAAUCGCUUUUAAGUGUGAAAUAUCGGUGCGUUUCGAAAAACACUCAAUAGAUGCAUUCUUUUUUUUCUCAACUAGUAAUGUUCGCGAAUUUCGCAUUCUUGUUGUUGUUAUUACUUUCGAUUAUUUUUGGAUGUAAAAUUACUGUCAUUUAUAUGUAAUAUGAUUUAUAGAGAUUAUCGAUACGAUUAUAUACGAUUGUUUUCGUACAUCUGUAUACGAAUUCAACGAUAAGUCGUAAACUUUGUAGGGAUUUUGUAUGGUUAGUAGUUAUAAAAAAAAAAAAGAAAAUGAUUCACUUCGCAUUAGCAUCUCGAAUAAUGUUUUUUUUUUUUUUUUUUAUUGAGAAUUUGCACAUACAUUGUUGGUAAUACAUAUUAUAUAUAUAUAUAUAUAUAUAUAUAAAUCCAUUAAAAGAAAGAAAAUUUAACGCGCAAAGCUAUUGCAUUAUUACACUAGGUAAAACACUAUGUUAAGAUAUCUUCUUAAGCGCUUAUAGACUUAAAAGUAAGAUUUUUGUACACGCGCGCGUUUUGUUCCCGUAGUGAGUGAUAUUUCCCGCUUUAGAGCCCGCUUUACACGUACCGAUAGUACUCAGAUCUUGCGUCGUCUUUAUCUGCAAUAAAUGCCCGCAUAUUUCUCGUCAAUUUCAUUUAUAUACUUUUGGGCAAUGAACGCGUGUUACUACUCUUUCGUAAAUGCUAUUGCGAUUAUAGCAUAUACUUUAGAAUUCUUUUAUAUUUAUCUUUGUUUUUUUUUUUUUUUUUUUUUUUUUUUUUUUUUUAUUGUAUUAAUCAAUGAACGGAGUCCACAUAAUUGCCACGUCCGACUUCUAUACGUAUAUUUUUAUAAUAGGUAAACAAAAAAACAUUUUUGAUUUAAUUCGGUUUAAUUAUUGUACACGCGUAAUUUAGCACAAAACUUCUGUCUAAAUAAUUUGUCAAUGAUUAUUACCGUCGUACUAAGCGACUCAGACUCUUUAUAAACGACUCUUUUUUUUUUUUCAAAAAUUGUAUAUUAUGAUAAUGAUAAGUCCACUUAGAGGCUUUAAAGUGCUGAAAAAAAAAAAAAAAAAAAAAAAACAAGUUUUCAACGGGAAAAAAUUAUUUUUUUCAUUGCGGUAGACGUUAAGAAUUCGAUAUCGCGUAAAUUAUAUAUGUAUAUAUAUAUACAUAUACAUAUAUAUAUAUAUACAUACACACACAUAUAUUGACGUAUUUUAUUAUGACACAAACUAGUGAUAACUGGCAGCGAUGUAAGGUGAUAAUGAUGAUUGCUAUCGUUAAGUACCAGAAAAAAACUAGAAACGACGCAUGUACACGUUGGACGUAGACAUAAAUAAUAAUAUUAAUAAUAAUAAAAUAUUACAAUAAUGUAUGUAUUCGGUACUUAAGAAAGAGUAACAAGGAGCGGAAAGCGUGAGAAACUUUCGCACUUGUAUGUGUUCUUUGGAAAUAGUACGACAGUGUUUGUUUGAGAAUCGACGGACGAUGGUCGCCUAAACUGAAGUUUACUUCUAACGUUUAUGUCUACUUUUAGGUACAUAUAAAUAAAAGGGAAGCAGCUUCUAACCUUGAUUUUGACAUAUCAAGGUAUCAAGGUCAUAGACCUGAGUGACCUUCAAAAGGUUUUAAGCAAUGGUCACUGUUCAUUAAGAAGUUUUUAACAAAAAAAAAAGAAAAUGAUAUAUUAAUACAAUAAAAUUUCUAUAUUUGAAGAUGAUUUUCGGGUUUGAACCGCGUUAGUGUCAUUUUUAUAUUGACAUUUUAUAAAAAUUUCAGUUCAUCAGGAUUUCAAGAGCAACCCCUGAUACUGAUAUUGCAUAAAUGAUGGGACCAGAUGUGACAUAUUUUCGAAUAAAACAAGAUCCACCCUCCCUCUCUUGCUUACGGGGCGAAGCGAAGUCUAUAAUUGUUUUGUUCCACAUAGAUUUUCGACUUUCCGCGCAAAGCGAGGACUAACUCGCAUCUUUUCCUGCUUAGGAUCGAAACGAAGUGAUUGUACUGUUUCACAUGAAUUUGCCUAUCCAAUUACUUUUCAAUUAUGUUCUAUGUAUUGACAGAAAUUUAAUUUUAUUGAUAUAUCAUUUUUGAUAAUAACUUUUUAAUGAACAUCAAUAACUUUUUAGCGACUAUCACCUCAAAGUAAUUCACCUUGAAGUAAUUCACCUUGAUAUUAUAUGUCAAAGUCAAGUAAUCAGAAGCUGUUUUCGUUUUAUGUAUAUUUAUCCGCCGACUUGCAUCAUUACUAUCGUUCGUGAUGUUUUUUUAGACUUAUUUUAGCAACAGUCUCCUGUAUUAAAAAUAUGUGUUCUUUUUUUCCCUUUUUCUCUUCGAGCGGCUUUCCGCGGCGCGAGUGCGCGCGUGUGCCUCAAACGCGAUCGUCUGACACGGUCGUAUUAUGAAACGCGACGAUUAUCGCCGAGAAGUUGUAUCUCGAUAUUCCAUCGUAAGAUUUCACAAAUCGAUAAAAAUAAUGGUAAAACUAGAACCUAAGAAAUUUGUCAUUCUGCGUUACGUAGAAAUCUCAAAAAGAAAUACAAAAAUAGUUUUUUUAA